AUGGCAGGAAAAUCAUCUUCAUAUAUUACAGCAUUGAUAAUUGCAAUGAUUCUUACAGGUGCAGCUAAUACGAUAGGUAAUAAUAUGAUAAAUAGUAUGUCUAGUAUAUAAAUUAUAAAAUACGAGUACAGUUUCUGUAGAUGGAUGGGAAUAAAAUAGUUUUAAUCAUCCAUUUAUGCAAGCAGUCACAAUGUUUUUAGGUGAAUCAUUGUGCAUAUUGUUAUUUUUAAAUAUAAAGAAGAAACCAGAAUAUAAAUAAGAAUGUAUUGAAGCAGCAGCAAAAGGGUAUAUAUAGAAAUUGAAUAUAUAAUAGAGUAAAAACAAAAAUUAAUUAUGGAUGGGUAGCUAUUCCAGCUAUGUGUGAUUUAACAGCAUCAACAUUAGCUUAUAUAUCAUUAAAUUACAUUCCUCCUUCAAUUUAUUAAAUGUUAAGAGGUGGAGCAAUCAUUUCAACAGCAAUAAUGUCUAAAUUCUUUUUAAAGAGAUAAAUUAAGACUUUUUAAUGGUUUGGAUGUGGAUUAGUUUUAGUUGGUAUAACUUUAGUUGGAAUGAGUUCAUUUUUAUUCCCACCAAAAAAUGAUAAUGAUAAUGAAGAUUCAAAAACUGAAAUAGGUGCUGCUUAUUUUAUAUCAGUUGGAUUAUUAUUAUUGUCUGUUAUAAUGAAUGGACUUCAAUUUGUUUCUGAAGAGAAAUUAUUUGAUGUUUAUUAUUUACAUCCUUUUGAAAUUGUAGGUGUAGAAGGAUUAUGGGGUUUUUCAGUUUAUGUUGUAUUAGCAGUAGCAUUGACUUUUAUUUAAUGUCCAAGUUCUAUGUAUGAUAGUUGUAUUGAAAAACGAAUGACUGGAAUGUUUUAUUUUGAGAGAGCAGAUUUUUACUUUUUAUAAGUUUUUAAUAGUGGUCUAUUACUCUUUUGGGUUAUAUUGGGUAUAUUUACUAUAGCAACAUUCAAUAUUUGUGGAGUAUCUGUUACUAAAUAUGUAUCUUCUUUAGCUAGGUAAUUAUUUUAUUGAUAUGAUUAGAUCACUUGUUGAUGUCUCAAGAACAUUAAUUAUAUGGGCUGUUUCAUUAGCUAUCACUUGGAUUGAUCCAGAAGCUAAAUGGGAAAAUACUAGAUGGGAAGCUAUUGUUUUAGAAUUAAUUGGAUUCUGUAUAUUAGUCACAGGAAAUCUUAUAUAUAAUGGAACCAUUAAAUUGAAAUUUCUUGGUUCCAGUUCUCAAGGUAAUUUAUCUCUUUAAAAUAUUCAAGUUGAUCCAAAUAAUGAUUCAACUCAAUAAUUUCUAAAUAAUUCAAAUAGCUAGUCCUUACAGCCUACAUGAAGU